GACCCCAUGCAAUUGUUAUCUUGCAUAGAUUUCAGAUACAUUAUUGAUUCACUAACAGAAGAAGAAGCUUUUUCAAUUCUUCAAAGUGGUUUGGCAGGAAAAAAAGAACGGGAAGAACAAAUGUUAAAAUAUGGCUACCCAGCUUAUACCACAUCUUGUGCCUGGCUAGGUUAUCCAGAUCACUGCCUAAAGCAGCUAUGCACUGAAGCUCUGAAAGAUGGAUGGACCAGGUACAAGGUGAAAGUUGGAAAAGAUCUCCAGGAUGACAUUCGGAGAUGCAAACUUGUUAGAGAAAUGAUUGGUGCUGAAAAUAUACUGUUGUUGGAUGCCAACCAAAGAUGGGAGGUGGAAGAAGCCAUAGACUGGGUCACUAAACUAGCUGAAUUCAAACCGCUAUGGAUUGAGGAACCAACUUCUCCUGAUGAUAUUCUUGGACAUGCAACAAUUGCUAAGGCAUUAGCACCAUUAGGGAUUGGAGUUGCAACAGGAGAACAAUGCCAUAACAGAGUGAUGUUCAAACAGUUCCUGCAGGCUCAGGCCCUGAGCUACCUCCAGCUGGACAGUUGUAGGCUUGGAAGUGUCAAUGAAAACUUGUCUGUAUUGCUGAUGGCCAAGAAAUUUCAAAUUCCAGUAUGUCCUCAUGCAGGAGGAGUCGGACUUUGUGAGUUGGUCCAGCACUUGAUAAUAUUUGACUACAUUUCAGUGUCUGGUAACCUUGAAAAUAGGAUGUGCGAAUAUGUAGAUCACUUGCACGAACACUUCAAGUAUCCUGUAGUAAUCUCAAAUGCAUCUUAUAUGCCACCCCAGGAGGCUGGGUAUUCCUCUGAAAUGAAAGAAGAUUCUGUAAAGAAAUACCUUUUUCCACAAGGAGAAGUUUGGCAGAAAUCCUUGUCUUCCUAAUGCAAUUUAAAUCAAUUCAAAUUCCAUUUUUUUCCAAAUGAAGAUAAAAUUCAGCUAUUUUUGCAUUGAUGUUAUAUUAAGAUAUAAGAGUCAAGAGCUUUUGGAAAGCUUCUUCUGUUCACACAAAACAAAAAUAGAUUGUAUUGCCAAUGAAUGUUCUUGAUCAGUUUAAAAAUAGGAGGCUUUUAAUAGCUAAGUUUAAAGAAGUUAGAUGAUUCAUCUGUCUUCAAGCUAUUCCAUAACUACAGGAUUAUGUAAUGGAAGACUGCACUUUAAAAUGUAUGUGCCAAGAUUAAAAGUUCCAUAUAAAAUUGAA